GCCGGUGACCUGUCAGGAUGGCGGUGCUGGGGGGCUACUGUGAGGGCAACAGCUCCAUCGCCCAGGCCUGGGUCCAGCAGGGCUUCCAGCCCUGCUUCUUCUUCACACUGGUGCCGGUCGUGCUCCUGAGCGUCUGCCUGCUGCUGGGCGCCCUGCAGUAUGCCUGCUAUGCCCGCUUUGGCCGUGCCAUGGAGCCCAAGUACAUCCCCCGCUCCCACCUCUACCGUGGCCAGGUCCUGCUGUCCCUACUCCUGGCCCUGCAGCCCUUUGGUGGGCUGCUCUGGCAAGGGGGGGGCCCAGGACAGCUGUACGGGUACAUGUUGCUGCACGCCUGCCUCUGGGCCCUCAGCUGGGGCUGCGCCAUUGCCCUCCUGCAGCUGGAGCACACGCAGGUGCUGGCGCACGACAGGACGCGGGGCCACGGCACCGUCCUUCUCCUCUUCUGGGCCCUGGCCUUCGCUGCUGAGAACCUGACCCUCGUGUGCUGGAGGAGCCCGCUGUGGUGGUGGGCGCUGGAGGACACCAACCAAAAGGUGCAGUUCAGCUUCUGGGUGUUGCGUUACGUCUGCACGUUCAUGCUCUUCAUCCUGGGCAUGAGGGCCCCGGGGCUGCCCCACAAGCCCUACAUGCUGCUGGUCAACGAGGAGGAGCGGGACGUGGAGAACAGCCAGCCACUCCUGCCCAACACUGGCCGGACCACUUCCACCUGGAAGGAUUUCCGGAGGAAGCUCCGGCUGCUGGUGCCAUACAUGUGGCCCCGGGGCAACCACCUGCUGCAGGGGCUGGUGCUGUUCUGCAUGGCGCUCAUGGGGCUGGAGAGAGCCAUCAACGUCUUCGUCCCCAUCUACUACAAGAACAUCGUGAAUGAGCUGACGGAGGGUGCUCCCUGGCACGUCCUGGCCUGGACUGUCUGCAUCUACGUGGGGCUGAAGUUCCUGCAGGGUGGAGGUGCUGGCUCCACUGGCUUUGUGAGCAACCUGCGCACCUUCCUGUGGGUCUGGGUGCAGCAGUUCACCAACCGGCAGGUGCAGGUGCAGCUCUUCGCCCACCUGCACGGGCUGUCCCUGCGCUGGCACCUGGGCCGUCGCACCGGAGAGGUCCUGCGCAGCGUGGACCGGGGCACCAGCAGCAUCAACAGCCUGCUCAGCUACAUCGUCUUCAGCAUCGUCCCCACCGUUGCAGACAUUGUCAUCGGCAUUGUUUACUUCACCUCGGUCUUCAGUGCCUGGUUUGGCCUCAUCAUCUUCGUGUGCAUGAGCCUCUACCUGACUCUGACCAUCUUCAUCACCGAGUGGAGGACCAAGUACGUGAAGUACUACAAUGCGGAGAGCUACGAGGUGAACCGCUUUAACGAUGCCAUCGUCAAGUACCAGGUCUCGGAGUGGAAGGGGAGCGCCUCGCUGGGCCUCCUCAACCAGACCCAGAACCUGGUCAUUGGGCUGGGGCUCCUGGCGGGAUCCCUGCUCUGUGCCUACUUUGUCACCGAAAACAAGCUGCAGGUGGGGGACUUUGUCCUCUUCGGCACCUACAUCAUCCAGCUCUACACACCGCUCAACUGGUUCGGGACUUACUACAGGAUGAUCCAGAACUCCUUUGUGGACAUGGAGAACAUGUUCGAGCUCUUCCACGAGGAGCAGGAGGUGAAGGAUGCGGUGAACGCUGGCGACCUGUGCUUGGAGGCCGGGCGGAUCGAGUUUGAGAACGUGCACUUCAGCUACAUGGAUGGGAAGGAAAUCCUGCGGGACGUCUCCUUCUCUGUGAUGCCCGGGCAGACCCUGGCCCUGGUGGGACCUUCGGGCUCAGGGAAGAGCACUGUCAUCCGCCUGCUCUUCCGCUUCUACGAUGUGCGGGGCGGCUGCAUCAAAAAAGACAUCUCCCAGGUGAAGCAGGCAUCGCUGCGCGCCCACAUUGGGGUGGUGCCCCAGGACACGGUGCUCUUCAAUGACACCAUUGCCAACAACAUCCGCUAUGGACGGAUCCUGGCCACUGACCAGGAGGUGCAGGAGGCAGCCUGCGCUGCUGACAUCCAUGACCGCAUCCUUUCCUUCCCCGAUGGAUACAACACCCAGGUAGGGGAGCGGGGGCUGAAGCUGAGCGGGGGGGAGAAGCAGCGCGUUGCCAUCGCACGCACCAUCCUGAAGGGUCCCCGCAUCAUCCUGCUGGACGAGGCCACGUCUGCACUUGACACGGAGACUGAGAGGAACAUCCAGGCAUCCCUAGCCAAAGUCUGCGCCCACCGCACCACCAUCGUCGUUGCACAUAGGCUCUCCACUGUAGUGGGUGCAGACCAGAUCCUGGUGCUCAAGGAUGGGCGCAUCGUGGAGCGAGGGAGGCACGAGGAGCUGCUGCAGAAGGGCGGUGUGUACGCUGGCAUGUGGCUGCAGCAGCAGGCUGGGGACGAGGGCGAGAGCAAGGAGCACCGCACCGAGAAGCCCACGGGCAGCAAGAAGGGGCCAUGAGCAUGGCCAGGGGCUCUGCUGUGAUACUGACCUGGGGCUGUGGCCCCCAUGCUGCCAGGGAGCUCUUUGCUGGCUGCAGGCUAGGGCCCCACGUGCCCAGGAGCUGGGUUGGACACUCCACUACAUUUGUACCCGUUUGUCUUGCUGUUGUGUAUUUUCUUAAACAAGGUCCUUCCCAGCUC